AUGUCUGAACAAGCUUUUGAUGCAUCUUUAGAUUUAUUGAGAAGGCUAAACCCCAAAAAUAUUUCUGAUAAUUUGAUUAAAAUCUGUCGUAUUGCUCCUGAUUUAUCCGAAGAUUUAUUAUCAUCCAUCGACAUCCCCUUGCAACUAAAAAAAUGUCUAAAAACUGGUAAAGAAUACUUAACCUGUGAUUAUAACAGAGAUGGUGACUCCUAUAGAUCUCCUUGGUCCAAUGUUUAUUAUCCAAAAUUGCCCGCAGAUAUCGAAGAAGAUGCUCCAAAACCUUCUUCUGAAUUAAGAAAACUAGAAAUUUUUGCCAAUGAGUCCUUUGACAUAUAUAGAGAUUUAUAUUAUGAAGGUGGUGUAUCAAGUGUUUACCUUUGGGAUCAAGAUGAAGAAAUCAACUCUUCAAAUAAUAAUGGAUUAAUUGGAAGUUUUGCUGGUGCAAUUCUAUUGAAAAAAAAACUGGAAACUUCCUUGAGUUCUUGGGAUAGUAUUCAUGUUGUUGAAGUCAUUCCAAGCACUAAUUCUGCCGUCUACAAAUUAACCUCAACAAUUAUUUUAGAAUUGCAAGAUAAUGAUCCAGAAGAGGAUUUCACCUUAAGUUUAAGUGGAAACUUGACAAGACAAACCGAAAAGGAAAUCGCCAUAACCGAUAAUGGUUCCCAUAUUGCUAACAUCGGUUCAUUUAUUGAAGAUGUUGAAUCCAAAUUACGAAAUAUGUUACAAGAAGUUUAUUUUGGAAAGACUAAAGACAUCAUUGGUGAUUUAAGAUCCGUAAAUAAAUUAUCUGAUAUUGAACUAGAUAAACAAAGACAGUCAACCGUCAUCAGAGGUAUUCAAGGUUUGUAG